UUUUGAUUCGCCAUGGUCACUACAACAUCAACGGCGAGGCAGACCAUGAACGUGGACUCACAGAGCUGGAGUAGAGCUGUUUCUUCCAUCAAUUGCCUUCAUGCUGGAAUCUCCAGUACUUCGAGUCGCGAACAAGCGUCGUUAACCGGUGUUCGGCUGCGAGCUCUGAACCUUCCCUACAAACUUCUCGUUCGGUCCACAAUGAAACGUGCCUUGGAAACGGCGGAAUUGAUCAUGAAAGAGAUGCAAAUGGGCAAUGAAUUGGACGUGCGCGAGUCUGAUUUAUUGCGAGAAGGUGCCCCGAUCCCGCCUGAGCCUCCAGUGGGGCAUUGGCGACCGGAAAAGCAU